AUGGGUUGUUCCCUGAGCAUUGGUGUUUCUUCUUUUAAGUGUGAUGUUUUUAAAGGUACCUACUGUGAAGUCAACAUCGAUGAAUGCAUCUCAUCUCCUUGCCUCCACAAUGCCACGUGUCUUGACCUUGUCCACGGUUUUGGAUGUGUGUGUUUGACUGGCUUUACAGGUACCAAGUGUGAGCUUGACAUUGAUGAGUGUUCCUCAUCUCCCUGCAAGAAUGGAGCCACUUGCAUUGACCAGCCUGGUAAUUACGUCUGCCAGUGUGUGGCUCCAUUUAAAGGUCAUAAUUGUGAGUUCCUACCAUGUGAAGCCAGUAAUCCCUGCGAGAAUGGAGCAGUAUGUGUGGAGGAGUUGGAUGGGAACCAUUUCCCUUUGGGUUUCCGCUGUCACUGCCGCCGGGGCUUUACGGGCCCCCGCUGUGAAAUCAAUGUGGAUGAGUGCAGCUCCAACCCCUGUUUUCACGGCUUUUGCUAUGAUGUUGUAGAUGGCUUUUACUGCCUUUGCAAUCCUGGUUUUGCGGGGCAGAGAUGUGAGCAAGAUAUUGAUGACUGUGUCAACAACCUGUGCAGCACAAACUCAGAAUGUAAAGAUCUACAUCUGAGCUAUGAGUGUGUGUGCCACUCCGGCUGGGAGGGGAAGUUCUGCCAACAAGAAAUUGAUGAAUGUUUAUCACAGCCCUGCAAAAACAACGCCACCUGCACAGACCUUCUCAGCAGCUACAAUUGUUUGUGUUCACCAGGCUGGACAGGUGUGAACUGUGCAGAGGACGUGAACGAGUGCGAUUCUGGACCCUGUCUAAAUGGAGCUCAGUGUCAGGAGUCAGACGUACCUGGGGAGUUCUCUUGCACCUGUCCCCCCUUCUUUGGAGGCUUGUUGUGCAGCCAGCCUUACGACCCCUGUGACCCUCUCCACGAUCCCUGUCUGCACAACUCCACCUGCCUGACACGCUCCAAUGGAACAGCCUCCUGCCGAUGCCCAGCUGGCUUUGAAGGAAGUUGGUGUGAAAUUGACACCAAUGAGUGUGGCUCAAGUCCAUGCCAAAAUCUGGGUGACUGUGUAGACCAGGUCAACAGUUACAGCUGUGAUUGUAAAUCUGGAUUUUCUGGCCUUCGCUGUGAGGAAGACAUCAAUGAAUGUGUUUCAAACCCUUGCCACAAUGCUGCCAUUUGUCAAGACCUUGUCAAUGAGUAA